AUGGCCUUCCCGCCCCGUGCGGCAGAGCGGGGGGAGUUCGAGUAUGACGUGUGCAAGCUGAAGUUGGGCUCCGGCGGCAGCGGGGCGGUCUUUCUUGCGCGGCACCACACCACCCGCGAGCUCGCGGCGGUGAAGCGCCUCUUUGCGAAGCGGGCGACGGAAUGGGGAAGAAUCCCCCUGCGGUGUGUGCCGCAGACCGACCAUCACUACUCCUACCACCAGCAGCGUCGUCAUCGUCCCCGUCGAACUCCGGCUGCCUACCGCGCGACAACGCCCACAACCGCGAGGACGGCGACACCGAUGUUUGAGGGAGGCGGUUGCUGCGCUGAGGAGGAGGAGGAGGGGGAGGAGAAUGGCUCCAGCCCUCUGCGGGGCGUGGACCACCGCCGUGGCGACAGCCGCCACGACGUCGAGGAGAGCGUGCAUGACGACGUCGACCUCACCUUGGAAGACGACGGGGACGCGGUGGAGGAGGCCGAUGUGCGUGAAGAGGAGGAGAGGGACACGAGUUCUUGUGAGCUCGAGCGGUUGCAUUCGGUUACCCGUCUGCCCUGCGAGGGUACGAUCCUGCAGUACCUUGGGCCACACCAUCACAUUGUAAGGCUCCUCAGUAGUUACACAUCCCCGAGGCGGGUUACUUUUCUCGCUAUGGAGCUCAUGGACAGCGACGUGGCGCGGGAGCUGCGUGCGGCCAACACAGCCUUUAUGAACGAAGACGUUGUGCGUCCUUUGCUUUACAGCGUGGUCUCUGCGAUUGCCCACAUUCACAAACGCGGCAUCGCCCACCGUGACGUGAAGCCGAGCAACAUCCUCCUUCGGCGGGUGGAGGCGGCGAAGUUGUUGGUGAAUACCGCAGCGAGCGCAGAGGCCCACGGCAAGCACGUGGAACGGCAAUCUCAGAAUUCAUGCUCCCGCGAGACGGAGCAUGUCAAGGCUGCCCUUGGAGACUUUAGUGCCGCACAUUUUAUGCACGAAAGCAUCAAUGCCUGGGGUGGGCGUGGGACCCUCUACUACAAAUCCCCGGAGCAGCUUAUGGGUCGUGCUGGAGACUACUUUGCCUGCGACAUGUGGGCUUUGGGUUGCACGUUGUUUGAGCUGAGUACUGGGUCGGUGGCCUUCUGCGGCUCGUCGGACCUGCAGGUGCUGCAUCAGAUUUACGCCAAACUUGGCACAGACUUUCACUCUUACCCGGACGCAAUACGUGCGGCGACGUUGUUUGACAGUCUCUCUGCGCCGUCUGUGGCAUUGCUCGACUUUUUAAAGAGGCUUCUUGCCCUUGACCCGCGGGAGCGCCUAACCGCAGGCGAGGCAUUGAAGCAUGCCUUUUUUGAUCCCAUUCGAAGAACGUACGGAGCCGACGGCGACAAGGCGGAGGUGACGUUUCCACUGCGACCACGUUGCCGCCGGCCCGUCGAUGCGGCCUGUUUCACCUUUCGCCCGGUUUGCAGCACACCCGCCAAGCGGCGUGUAGUGACGGUAGACGACUGCUCCGCCCACGCCACAUGUGGCGUCAAUCGGUCGGAUGUCAAUCGCUCGUGCUCUGCACACCGAUGCAGCGUGUGGUCCUCCUCGUUCAGCGCCAAUUCAAGUCCCAGAGCCGCUUCCACCUGUAUGAAGUCGCACCAUGAGAGUGUAGAAGUCUCUCGUCGUCGCAGCGGUGGAUCAGGUGUCUGCAACGUCGCCAGGCCCCUCCUCUCUCUCUGCGUGUACCCCCAUACCUGGAGGGGUGAGUAG